UAGGACUUCUGGCUCUAUUUGACUUGUGUGACUUUCCCUCUCUCAGCCUCAGCCUCUCCUCUGCGCAAGAGGGUGAAGAUUAAUGUGUUAGGUUUCAGAGUAGCAGCCCUGUUAGUCUGUAUUCGCAAAAAGCUCGGUAAAUUUAUGCUCAAAUAAAUUUGUUAGUCUCUAAGGUGCCACAAGUCCUCCUUUUAUUAAUGUGUUAGUGAUUAUUUGUAUUGCAGUGGCACCUAGAGGCCCCAAAUGAAGAUCUGAGCCCCGUUUGCACUAGGUACACUACAAAUACACAGUGAGACAGGGUCCCUGUCCAGGUCUCACAAUCUGAUAGACAGGGCAGGGGUGGGGAAACCGAGGCAGAGAUUUGCCCAAGGUCACACAACAGGUGGGUGCUGGAGCCUGGAACUGAACCCAGGGCUCCUAGCACCCCUUCCGCUCACCAUGCUGCUUCCCCUAAUUGAUAGUGAUCGUUUGGCAAAUGCGAGUACACAUUGUUGUUCUAAGGUUCUUUCCACCAACCUGGCUUUCUCUGCAUCGUGCCUCCCGCUUUUCUCCCUCCCAGUCCCUCUCCCCUCCCUUCCCCAGGUCCCUCCUUCCGUCGUCACCGACUGGUGUAUAAAUCCCCUUCUCUGGCAUAUCCCCCAGCACGGCGGGACGGGAGACCCUGGCACUUCGGUCCCCGGGGCACAAGCUGCAGCCACUGGCCUUUGGGUUGUUCGGACUUUGAACUCCUCGGCUCCACUGCCCAAUCCCCGUUAGCUCGUUUCCGUAGGGGGCUGCCGGGCAUUUCUUGGUGGGUGAUUCCUCUGCUCCCGUUGCUGCACCAGGAUGUCAGAGAAACGCGCGGAGGAGGCGCCUGCAGAAGUGGGUGCCACGGAAUUGAAAGAAAAGAAGGAAAAACUGGAGGAAAAGGCUGUCUGCAAAGAAAAGAAGAAGGAGAUAAUAGAGGAUGAGGAGAAUGGUGCGGAGGAGGAGGAGAAUCCUGAGGAUGUGGAUGAAGAAGAGGCAGGAGAAGAGGAUGACGAUGGAGAUGAGAAUGAGCAGGAGCAGGACGGACAUGCAGCAAAACGAUCUGCAGAGGAAGAAGAGGAGGAUGAAGUUGAUCCAAAGAGACAGAAGACAGAAAAUGGGUCUUCAGCUUGAGUUCUCUCAUCCCAUCCUUUCUUGCUCCAUUUGUGUCUCCUCCCUCCAUUCCAGCCUGUGCUUGCACUGUCAUUUAGCCUCUGGCUUCACACAAUCUCAGAUGAGGAAGGAUUAGAAAUGCUCUCAGACAGGGAAGAGGGCAUGGGACUAAGAGUUUCCCUUCCACCCCAAGUUCUAGUCUUCCUAUGAUGCUCCCAAAUCUGAGGUUGCCCACUCCCCCAGCACAUCUCCACUGCUGAUUACUAUUCCUGCACCCCACUCCCAAAUAAUCCCAAUAGUCCUCAAAAUGAUGACCCCUCCUUUCCCAACAAGCAACCUGACAUAUUUCAAAUUCCAGACUCAUCCCACAACAAGCACCUCUAAUCCCUUUUCAUUUGCCACCUCUCUCCACUAAUUUGAUCAAGAUUCUCACCCCUCUGCUUCUGAGAUCUGCCCUCCAGCAUCCUCCUUGGGAUAGAGAAGGUUGAGGGCAGGGAUCUUGUGAUACCUAUCUUAAGCCUUCCCUUAACUGCCUUCUAUCUGAUCCCUCUGAGAGAAAGAAAAGGAAUGUUAGAUGCAAAUAACUUUUUUUAUUAAAGCGCACACAGGCAGAAAUUUAGCUUAACAUUUAAAAAAAAAAAAAAAAAGUUUACACAACAGGUAAGCUGGCCCCAUGAUUUUUGUCCAGAAGAUAAAGGUUAUUUUUAUGUAUAAAUUAGUGUGUUGCAGUUUCUCAUUUUGGGGCUUUUUAAAAAAAAUAAAAUAAAAAAAAAAUUAGGGACCAAAUUUUAAUUUCCAUUCCCCUUCCAGAUUACCUUGUUGCUGUUUUUUGUAAAUUAAAGCCGAUCCAGUUACGGCAUUUUCUAUGGCACAAACCAUCAUAAGGGUGAUAGAUAUAAAUAUAUAUAUUGUUUUCAAGUAGCACUGUAAAUAAACUCAUUUAAAAAGA